CUUCAUACCAAACCAAACUAAAGCAACUAAGCACCUGUUGUCUGAAAUCAGACAGUGUGUUCACAUUCAUGAACCGGGGAACAAACGUCAAGGGCCUCAACUGUGACCAUCACCAUUAGAUCAAGAGUGAUCUGAUGAGCGGUGAUGGAAGAAACUUCACAGUCGGGUGUGUCAACUUAGCCGCCACUUGUUUCCAGUUUCUACUAAUAGACUAAAAGGCCUGGCAAGCCACUUACCUCGCAUAGAAGAAAGAGAGUUGAGUUGUAGAGACCCCCCAAAAUCUCAAGUAAAUCGUCAAAGUGGGUCUCAUGAAUUGUUCACGGGCUUAAAGGUGGUUCAGUCAACAUGGAGUCUUGCAACUGCAUUGAACCACAAUGGCCAGCUGAUGAAUUGUUGAUGAAGUAUCAAUAUAUUUCAGAUUUCUUCAUUGCACUUGCUUACUUUUCAAUUCCUCUAGAGCUGAUCUACUUUGUGAAGAAAUCUGCCGUGUUUCCAUAUAGAUGGGUCCUUGUACAGUUUGGCGCUUUCAUUGUUUUGUGUGGGGCGACACAUCUUAUAAACUUGUGGACUUUUAAUAUGCAUUCAAGGACUGUGGCAAUAGUAAUGACCACCGCUAAGGUUUUGACAGCUGCGGUUUCUUGUGCAACGGCCCUUAUGCUUGUACAUAUUAUACCUGAUCUGUUAAGUGUUAAAACUAGAGAACUAUUUUUAAAAAACAAGGCUGCACAGCUUGAUAGAGAAAUGGGCUUGAUCCGCACACAGGAAGAAACUGGGCGACAUGUUAGGAUGCUGACUCAUGAAAUCAGAAGCACUUUGGAUAGACAUACCAUACUGAAGACCACUCUUGUUGAAUUGGGAAGAACUUUGGCACUGGAAGAGUGUGCCUUGUGGAUGCCAACACGAACUGGUUUAGAGCUUCAACUCUCAUACACGCUUCACCAACAGAAUCCAGUUGGAUGUACUGUACCCACCCAACUUCCUGUGAUCAGUCAAGUAUUCACUAGCAGUCAUGCAGUGAAGAUAUCACCAAAUUGUCCUGUGGCAAGGUUAAGGCCUCUUGCAGGAAAAUACAUGCCUGGCGAGGUGGUUGCAGUUCGUGUUCCACUCCUGCAUCUCUCAAAUUUUCAAAUUAAUGAUUGGCCAGAACUUUCAACAAAACGCUAUGCUUUGAUGGUUUUGAUGCUUCCCUCAGAUAGUGCAAGGCAGUGGCAUGUUCAUGAGUUGGAACUCGUUGAAGUGGUUGCUGAUCAGGUGGCUGUUGCUCUUUCUCAUGCUGCCAUCUUAGAGGAAUCAAUGAGGGCUAGGGAUCUUCUUUUGGAGCAGAACAUUGCACUUGACCUCGCCAGGAGAGAAGCAGAAACAGCCAUUCAUGCUCGCAAUGAUUUCCUGGCUGUUAUGAACCAUGAGAUGAGAACUCCAAUGCAUGCAAUCGUUGCCCUUUCUUCUUUACUGCAAGAAACUGAAUUGACACUUGAGCAGCGACUGAUGGUUGAAACAAUUCUUAAGAGCAGUAAUCUCUUAGCUACUCUAAUAAAUGAUGUAUUAGAUCUUUCGAGGCUUGAAGAUGGUAGCCUACAACUUCAACUUGGAACUUUUAAUCUUCAUGCUCUAUUCAAGGAGGUCCUUAAUCUGAUCAAGCCUAUUGCAUCAGUCAAGAAGUUGCAGGUUGCAUUGAAUUUGGCUCCUGAUCUUCCUGAGUAUGCUGUUGGUGAUGAAAAGCGCUUAAUGCAAACUCUCCUAAAUAUUGUUGGCAACGCUGUAAAGUUCACAAAAGAAGGCAACAUCUCAAUCACUGCUUUUGUUGCAAAAUCAGAGUCCUUACGAGACUCUCGAGCCCCAGAAUUUUUUCCAGUGCCAAGUGAUAAUCAUUUUUACCUGCGUGUACAGGUUAAAGAUACUGGAUCAGGCAUUAAACCCCAAGAUAUUCCCAAGUUAUUUACAAAAUUUGCGCAAAAUCAAUCAAUAGCUACCAGAAAUUUCAAUGGCAGUGGACUUGGCCUUGCAAUUUGUAAGAGGUUUGUUAAUCUUAUGGAGGGACAUAUAUGGAUUGAAAGUGAAGGUCUUGGCAAGGGUUCCACUGCUAUCUUCAUUGUGAAACUUGGGAUCCCUGAGAGCUCAAAUGAAUCUAAGCUCUCUUUCAUGCCAAAAAUAUCAGGACCACAGGCAAAUUUUACAGGGCUCAAAGUUCUUGUCAUGGAUGAUAAUGGAGUUAGCAGAUCAGUCACAAAAGGGCUUUUGGUGCACCUGGGAUGUGAUGUAAUGACCGUUGGCUCAAGUGAGGACUGCUUGCGCGUACUAUCUCAUGAGCACAAGGUGGUCUUCAUGGAUGUUGGGAUGCCUGGUAUAGAUGGUUACGAAGUUGCUGUCCUUAUACACCAAAAGUUUACAAGGCGUCAUGAAAGGCCACUGAUAGUAGCCCUGACCGGAAAUACUGACAAAGUAACCAAGGAGAACUGCAUGAGAGUUGGAAUGGAUGGUGUUAUAUUGAAACCUGUUUCACUAGAAAAAAUGAGGAGCGUUUUACUAGGCCUUUUGGAGCAUCGAGUUUUCUUCGAGGCCGUAUAAGCACAGAUGAGCCAGCUGCCAGAUGCCAUUUAGCCUGGAAAAAGAUGGUACAGGUAAUGCAAGUUUAUCUCUAGAGAUGUAUGGUUUUGUGUACAUACCCAGAUGGUAUUAGGGCAUUGGAGUGACUGAGUGCUGACAAGAGACAAUUAUUUUAUCAAAAUUCAUGCUUAUGAAUAUAUAUUUUUUUAAAUUAAGCCCUAUUAACCAUUGAAGUA